CAACUGCCUUGAAUUCAAUUGCCUCUCCACACCACAGCUGCCCCUCUCAUCGCAAUCUGAAGCUGUUUCUUCUCCUCACAAUUUGUUUACCCUUUGCGACACAAGUUUGAUCCUUGCUGCAAGUUUCAUGUUUCAUGCAGGACUCGCAGCACAAUUGUUUUCUCCAAAACUUCUCCAUUAUCGCAACACUUUUAGGAAAUUUCAUGACCCAGAAUCUACAUAAUCUCGAAUUUUUUUGGAAGCGAGUUUCAUCAGCUUCUAUCAGUCACCCACCUAUUUACUGCAGACACGCCGUUCGAGAUACCAUGGUAUACGGCAAAAUGGAGGCAUUCAAACAUUCGCAACCUGCUGAAGUCAUAGCGAAGAAGAAACGCAAGCGGCCAUCCAAAAAGAUCCCAACUACAGUGUUUGACUCGACCAGCGACGACUUCAUAAAUCUGGUGCAGAAACUCACAGGGUCACCCGACGAGCGAGCAGCCGCACAGGAAUCUGAGAAGCUUCGGGCCAAGUGUAAAACUGAAACUCCCAUGGACAAGAGCCUAACUGCCGUCGCCUCCCGGCCCUCGUCAUCCUUGACUCAUGCCCAGAAUGACACCCUCAAUCCUCUAACCUCGCACCAUACAAGCUCCGAUUUAUACUAUCAAUUAUACUUGCGGUGCAGCAACAUGACUGGGUCGGGGGACCAAGUUGACAGCGGUUUUCCCCCUUAUUGCAACUACAACCCUACUCUUCAUUCUAGUGCACAGUACAAGCCCAGCGUGGAUCACUUCCAGGGGGCAGCGCUUUCGAACGGGCUCAACCUCAAAGAAUGGAGUGAAUCUUCGGGAAAGGAGCACCUGAACGGUGAUUUGUACCGGGAUCAUGACAACAGAUCCAAGGAAACGUGGGAUGCUCUGUGCCCUUCUUCCAGCUCGACGUUACAGGAGAAAGAUCCAUCACUAUUCUCACAUCGAUCAGACCAAAUGAACCAUCCUUUCUAUGACUGGUACUCCGCCGACCAAAUCGCUCCCAUGCGGGCCUGAGAUGUCCUGAAGUGAAUUCACGGCAUGCCUUGUGGAUGCCUUCUAGCUAGCGAUCAAUCGAAAGUCGCAUGUCACGGUCUUAGCGCCUCAUAACUCUCACGAGUAUUAGC